AUGUCGGCCAAGAUCCAAAAGGUUAUUGCUAGACAGCAGGCAAAAAUCGAGGAAGGCGACUACUACGAAGCCCACCAGCAGAUACGAACCAUCGCCAACCGCUAUGUCCGCUCCGCCGACUACACCAACGCCGUCGACCUGCUAGCGACCGGCGCCUCACUACUCCUCAAGGCCGGUCAGGGCGGGUCCGGGGCAGACCUGUGCAAUUAUCUCGUUGAAGUCUACCAAAAGGCGGAGCUGAAACCCGAUGUACCGAACAAAGCACGGCUACUGGGCCUCCUACGCGCCUUCCCUCCCAAUGAGCCCGCCAAGAAGAAGUUCGUAGGCGGGAUAGUGGAGUGGUCGAGUAAAGAAGGCGAGUUUCCAGCUGGUGACCCAGAACUUCACCAUGUCAUCGGCACACUCUACGCAGAAGAAGGUGAGGCUUACGACGCGGAAAGACACCUCACGCUCGGCACCUCGGACUCGGCACAAGUCUUCAGCGAUAUGGAAUAUGAAUGGUACAGCAGCGACGAGCCCUCGACAGCACCCUCCUAUGUCGCACGAGCCGUCUUCCCCUACCUCCUCAUCGGCAGCACCCGUGCAGCCAACAAGACUCUACUCCUCUUCACGAGCAGACUAAGCACCUCCCACCCGGGUCUGGGCGUCCAAUCAAUAUCCUCACCCAGCAGCGACAUCCGAAUCUACCCCUCCCUCCCACUCCUCAACUUCCUUGGCCUCCUCCUCCUCGCAGUGCAACGUGGCAGCAGCGAUCUUUUCAAGCAGCUAAAGACACACUACGCCAGCCACCUCAAAGAAGCCGGAUGGGAAGAGCCACUAGCGCAGAUCGGAGAGAUGUACUUUGGGAUCAAGAUACCCAGCCAGAGCAAUCCAAUGUUUGACAUGAUGAGUAGCAUGUUGAUGGGAGGAAACAAUCCAUUUGCAGCGAAGAAGAAGGAGGAUAAGCGGGUUAGUGCUGGCUCGGCUUCGACAGGGACGAGUAGUCCGGCUCCUGCGCCACCUGCUGUUGAUUGA